AUGGACAGCAGGGCAUGGGGUGCCUUCAUCCUCUGCUUGCUGAGCCCAUUGCCAAUUGUAUCCAGCCAUGUGCACCCAGAGUGCGACUUCAUCACCCAACUGAGAGAGGAUGAGAGGUCGUGUCUGCAAGCAGCAGAAGGGAAGCCCAACACCACCCUGGGCUGCCCGAGCACGUGGGAUGGGCUGCUGUGCUGGCCGAUGGCAGGCUCCGGCGAGUGGGUGACUCUCUCUUGCCCCGAUUUCUUCUCCCACUUCAGCUCAGAGCCAGGGGCUGUGAAGCGGGAUUGCACUAUCAUGGGCUGGUCUGAGCCCUUCCCACCUUACCCUGUGGCCUGCCCUGUGCCCCUAGAGCUGCUGACGGAGGAGAAAUCCUACUUUUCCACAGUGAAGAUCAUCUACACCCUGGGCCAUAGUAUCUCCGUCGUGACCCUCUCCGUGGCCAUUGCCAUCCUGGUUGCUCUCAGGAGGCUGCACUGUCCCCGGAACUACAUCCACACCCAGCUGUUUGUCACCUUCAUCCUCAAGGCGGGUGCUGUGUUCCUGAAGGACGCCACCCUCUUCCACGGGGAGAACACAGAUCACUGCAGCUUCUCCACGGUUCUGUGCAAGGUCUCCGUGGCCUCCUCCCAUUUCGCCACCAUGACCAACUUCAGCUGGCUGUUGGUGGAAGCCGUGUACCUGACCUGCCUCUUGGCCUCCAAGUCGCCCAGCACAAGGCGAGCCUUCUGGUGGCUGGUUCUUGCCGGCUGGGGGCUUCCUCUGCUCUUCACUGGCCUGUGGGUGUGUUGCAAGGUGACCUUUGAGGAUGUGGUGUGCUGGGACCUGGAUGACAGCUCCCCUUACUGGUGGAUCAUCAAAGGGCCCAUCGUCCUCUCUGUUGGGGUGAAUUUUGGGCUUUUUCUCAAUAUUAUCCGCAUCCUGCUGAGGAAACUGGAGCCGGCUCAGGGCAGCCUCCACACCAAGUCUCAGUACUGGCGUCUCUCUAAAUCAACGCUUCUCCUCAUCCCGCUGUUUGGAAUUCACUAUGUCAUCUUCAACUUUCUGCCUGACAGUGCUGGCCUGGGCAUCCGCCUCCCCCUGGAGUUGGGACUGGGCUCCUUCCAGGGCUUCAUCGUUGCCAUCCUGUAUUGCUUCCUCAACCAAGAGGUGAGGACUGAGAUCUCGCGGAGGUGGCAUGGCCAUGACCCUGAGCUGCUGCCCGCCCGGAGGGCCCGCACCAAGUGGACAAUGCCUUCCCCCUCUGGGGUGAGGGUGUUGACGUCUGCCUGCUAGGCUGGCCACAUCACGUGACUGGAGCCCACACCUGAACUUGGGCAGCUCCAGUGGGCCCACCACUCUCUGCAGGAGCAAGAGGGACGAGCGCCCCGGAGAGCCCUCAGGCCACACCUCCGCCACAGCUGCUGCCCCGCCCUGGGCAGGGGCAACCCUUUCACCCUGUCCUGUACCUGUCCCGCACCUGACCCUGGGUCCCUGAGUG